AAGUGAAAUCUUGAAAAGGGGUGAAUGGAAGUUGAAUCAACAUUAACACAAACUUUAAACUCCAACAAGAAACCAAACAAGCUAAGAUCUAUCAGAUUUCCAAGACUGUCUUUCUUGAAAAAAACAUCCUCAAAAAAUAGCUCAAAAUCAAAGUUUUCUUGUCUCUCCAUUGAUCCAACAAUUGAUAACUUGAGCUCUGACCAACUAAGUCUAGUGAAAAUGCCAGAUUUAUCACCAAAUUAUAUGAAGGUUACAACUAGCUAUGAUGCAAAGAAAGGAAGUACUUCUCAGAAGGGGAUUGGAUCAGUAGAUGAGAUCUCAAUUGAUUCAUCAACUUCAAGAUCAUUAGCAGCUGAAUUAUCUGCACAAAAUAAGGAUGACAAAAUCAAGAACAGACCAGUAAUGAAAAAGAUAAUGAAGAACUUUGGGAGCACAAGGUCAUUUAGAAGAAGGUCAAGAUCAGUAAUCAAGAGUCCUAUAUCUGAUUAUGCUGCAAGUUCUCAUAAUUCAUCUUCAGUUGAUGUUUCAGAAUCAUCACCACCACAUUAUAGGAAAACAACAAGUUGUUCUGAAGGUAAAAGUUAUUCUCAUUCAAGUUUACAUAAUAGCUAUGAAUCUAGCUUUGAUAGUAGUGAUCAAAGCCGGAGUCCGAAAAAAUAUGUGCAGAGUUUGUCAAGGACAACUAGUAUGAGAAGUGUCAAGAUUUUGAUAAAUAAGGCUAGUUUUAAAUCCAAGAGGGGUUCCUCUAAAUGCUGUCAAAUUCCGGAUAAGGCAACGUGUUCUUCGACUCUUAAGGAUUCUAAGUUUCGCGAACAUGUGGUGUUUCCACCCGGACAAACUGAAUCAGAUAGGAUAUCUAAGUUUAAAGUUUGUUCAUAUCAUCAUUGUUCUCUACAUGGAGGACAUUAUGAUGAUCCUUCGCCCCCAGUAAAGCGCGUCUAUAGGAGGAAAAGAGUGCUGAAAUCACAAAAAAGUAUCAGAAUGAAAAGUGAGUCAAGAAAUGGAGAGAAGUUUUCUGAAAUGACUCAAUUCAGCCCCAGUGCAGAUCCUUCUGUUUGUGUAGAAAGCAAUACUAAAGAAGAUGCUGGAUUUUACCAGGCUCUUGAAUAUGCUGAUCUUGCUGAGAUUGCCUUUGGUGAAACAUCAUUUCCAGAACAAAGUUACCAAGAGACACUCAACAUAAUGAGAAAAUAUUCUACACAAGAACAAGACACUCAUUUUACAGCUUCAACAUGCUGCAAUUGUAUGGCGCGAGAGCGGAGUGAAUCUGUUUCUGUUACUGAUGCUGUAGACUCAAAAGAUGACAGUACUACAGCAUCAGCUGUUUUCGGUCACCGGGAGAGAAAUCUUUCACUUGUCUUAAAGCAAGAUGAUAGUGUCUCUACAUCUGGUAAGGAUGAAAGUAACAACAAAACGAGAUCGGUGUUGGAUAUUUUUAAUGGAGCAAAAUGUAGCAGUGCAAACACUCAGUCUGAAGAUGGACUAUUCACUAAUAGAACGAGAUCGGUGUUUGAUAUUUUUCACGGAGAAAAAUGUAGCAGUGAAAACUCUUCAGUUUCAGCUAGAAAUAUCCAGCUGGAACUUGGAAAUAUCCAAGAAAAGGAUGGCAAAGCUGAUCUGGACGAGGACGUUGAUAGCACAUCAGGUUCAGCUGUGGAUUCUGAAUCCAAGAAUUGUCUUCCACUUGAAGUUGCUGAACCAAAGAAGAAGCAUAUGAGCAUGUGGAGUAUGAUUCGUAGGCAUAUGAUUCCGGAUGCAUCUGCAGAAUCUGAAAACAAAUCGUCUAGUGGAGUUAAUGAAGAAAGUUCUGACUCAUGUUCGGCUUUUGUUGAAAGAGAAUUGAUACCUGCAAAUGAGGAUGCAGAAAAUCAAGAAGUUGAAUUGCGGAAGCUUUUCGCCAUCAAGCUGGUACGAGAAGCAAUCGAAAGAAUCCUUCUUCCAGAAGUUCAAUCUGAUGACCAAUCAGUUACAAGCGAGUCCAGUGCAGAUCAAGAAUCCUUGGAAAUGAAUCACAUUGAAGUGUCUACCAAAGAAAACUUGGAGUCAAAAAGUUUGAACACAGAAGACAUUGGCGGCUCAGAGAAGGAGCCAGCACGAAAAGAUGUCAAAAGCAAACCCGAGAAGAGAGCACCAAAACACUGGAGCAAUCUUAAGAAGUGGAUACUUCUCCAACGAUUCGUUAAGGAGUUGGAAAAGGUGAGAAAGAUCAAUCCAAGGAAGCCGCGGGUUUUGCAGUUGAAUCCUGAUCCUGAAGCAGAAAAGGUUAACCUAAGACCUCAAACAGCGGAUGAGAGGAAAAGAGGAGAAGAAUGGAUGCUUGAUUAUGCACUUCAGAAGGCGAUAAGUCAACUUGCUCCGACUCAGCAAAGAAAAGUGGAACUGCUUAUAAAAGCAUUUGAAACGGUAGUUCCACCCCAAGGAGACAACAGCCAGGUUGCAUUUCCUAACCUCAGAGCCAGCAGUGAAGAACAUUUGCAAAUCACAAGCAAGGAUAAUGAAUUGGUCACUAGAGCAGGCGAUGUCUCUUCAGUUUCCGAAUGUGAGGCCACUGAGAAUGCCACUAUAUCCAGCGACGAGAAGGUAAAAGAAGCAGACAAUGUGGAGCUCCAAGAGUCGCACAAAAGUACAGCUGUAGAUUUACAUUCAGUAGCGAGAGACAGGAAGUUAGAGCUUGACAAUCAUGAUGGUGAACUGUCGGAUUCAUCCGCUGCAGUGAGCAUCCAGAGUUCAACUUCAGCCUGUGAUGCAGCAAUGCAAGAAAAUGUAGCUAUUGCAGAGUCAGCAAAAGAACGUGAAAAAGCACCUAAAGCUGUUCGGGGAUUUUCUCUCCUAUUUGCAAUGUCCGAUCCAAAGAAAAACGAGGCAGCAUCCCAAAAUCAGGUGGAUAAGCGGAACUACAUCAGCAUGUGGCACAUGAUAUCACAACAUGUGCUAUCAGAUGUUGCAUCAAAAGUUGGAAAUGAACUACUUGAUGGAACUGAUGAUGAGGUGGAGGACAGCAAUACACCAACUAGAACGAGAACCUGUAAUUCUCGCCAGGAUUUCACCGACACAAAGGAUGAGCCAGAUACAAGCAGAGAAGAUCAUAAUCCAAUCCACAAUGGGAGAAAUUUUUGCAGAGAUGAUGCUGUCAAACUCAUACGAGAGGCAGUUAACGAGAUCCUUACAACGCCAAUUCAAGAUGAUUCAUCUGAUACACAGUCGAUAACCAGUGACAUAACCAUGGACCAGGGGUUCUCUGAUAUGGAAGGUGAAGCAAAGAACAGCUCAAAUUCUACAGAGGAGAGCUUGACAAAUCAUGGCAUGAGCGAAGAUGGAAAAACGUUGGAUCAAGAAACAAAGGGUCCGGAAGCUAAUACUAUCAGCACAGAAGAAGACAAAUCACUCCCUUUAACCAAGAACAAAAUUGAGCCACAAAAGUCCAAAAACUGGAGCAAGCUGAAGAAGUUGAUCCUCCUCAAGAGAUCAAUCAAGGCACUGGAAAAAGCUAGGAAAUUUAAUCCACGAGCGCCUCAGCUUCUGCCUCCUACGCCUGAUCAAGAACCUGAAACAGUGGAUUUAAAGCAUCAAAUGACAGAUGAGAGGAAAAAAGCAGAAAAAUGGAUGCUUGAUUAUGCGAUGCAGCAUAUAGUAACCACGCUAACUCCUGCCAGGAAAAAAAGAGUGGCGAUGCUUGUGGAAGCAUUCGAAGCAGUUGUUCCACUCCCAGAAAUAUGAAUCCAACAAAUUCUUUGACUACUUUCCUAUAGGAACUAUGAAGGUUAUAACUUGAGAAGUUGUGCAUUUGUAUUGGAAGAGAUUGUUUCAGCACAUAAGUGAUCAAUACAACAAGCUUUCAUUGAUUCAUUGUGCAGCAAUUGCUAAAUAGAAGUUUGAUGUGAGGGUGCAUAUGAAGUUUUGUAUAAACGUAGAUAGGAACUAUUAUAUUUUCUGCUACAGAGUGUACUCUAUAUUACUAUGACAAUUAUAUUAUCAGCUCUGAGAAUGGUCAUGUAUGUAUUAAUGGUCAGUUAUAUACAAUCAAAAAGAAGGGAGCCUUGGAGCAACGUUAAAA